AUGUACAACAAGUUAAACUUUCUCGUUUGGGGUUUUGUGCUACUAUACUCGAUCGAUGAGAUUUCAUCAAAAUUUGAGUUUACAAACCUCAAGUGCACCUCUUUGGAUAGCAAGUUUGCCGAUUUCGAAUACUGCCAUCUGAGGUCGGUCAAUCGUACCUACAAGUAUAUGUCCGUGAAGGUCAAUCUAUUUAAAACUCCCAUCACCAAAAUCAAGGUAAAUGGAGCCCUGUUCAAGCGAUUCAGCGGCUACAGACCGUUCAUGUACAAUGUGACCGUAGAUGCCUGCAGAUUCCUGAGCAACACAGAGUCCAACCCCGUCGCCGGAUACUUAUAUAAUUUCUUUAAUAAGUUCUCCAAUAUGAACCAUACAUGCCCCUACGAUCACGAUAUUCAGGUCGAAAAGCUUCCCAUCGAGUUUGUUAAUUACCAGGCUACAAAAGUUCUACCUUUUCCAGAAGGGGAUUAUCUGUUAGAACUGCAUUAGUAUGCCUACGACAUCAACCGAGCUGUGGUGAAAGUCUAUGGCACCCUUUCUUGAAUGAAAUAUUUGAUUAGUGGAAAAAUACAUAAACUCUACGU